UCUGCUUCGGGUGUACCUGCUUCGGUAACGCCGGGCUAACUUCGCUUCUCACCAUGGACCCAGCCCAGGCAGCUGAGGUGGCCGGGAUAGUGGCUGAGAAAAUGCUGCUCUACCGAAGGGACGAAAGUGGAUGGAAGACGUGUCGGAGCGGAAAAGGAGUUACAAUUUCUUGGAGGCCUUCCACGGAGUUUCCUGGGAACCUGUACAAAGGAGAAGGAAUAAUAAAAGGCACUCCUGAAGAAGUGUGGAAAUUCCUAGCACCAGUGGAUAAUGGAUUACGGGCAAAAUGGGAUGAGAAUGUGAAAGACUUUCAAGUUCUUGAAUUGAUCAAAGAUGAUCUUUCCAUAACUAGAACAAUCACACCAUCAGCUGCAAUGAAACUCAUUUCUCCUAGAGAUUUUGUGGACCUGGUACUAAUCAAGAAAUAUGAUGAUGGGACUAUAACUUCUAAUGCUACCUACGUGGACUAUCCACCUUGUCCUCCACAAUCAGGUUACGUGAGAGGGUUUAAUCAUCCCUGUGGUUGCUUUUGUGAACCUGUUCCAGGGGAACCAAACAAGACCCAUGUUGUCAGUUUCUUUCAGACUGACCUCAGUGGCUACCUUCCCCAGAAUGUGGUGAACUCCUUUUUCCCUCACAGUAUGGCUGAAUUUUACAAUAAUCUUCAAAAAGCAGUGAACAAACUUCAAGAAUGACAUUCUUCCCCAUGGAAAAACAUCCUGUUUAAUCUGUUCAGAGACAGGAGUUGCUGGGACACAAGUGAUAUGGUGGACAGCAGAACUCUGAUUGGGGUUUGCAUUCUAAAAACAAACAAAUAAGCAAAAUAAAACAGGAGGAAGAAGACAAAGACACCAGCCACUGACAUAUUUCCUUUCCUCCUCCACCUUCUCCAUGGCUUUCAUCAAAAAAAAAAGAAGAAGAAAAGAAAAGGAACCAGAUUUUGUAAAGUCAUUUAAUGGAUAAGAUACUUAUCUUUGGCUUUACUGGCAUUUAGUUAGGGAUGAUUCCUGCAUAGUCUUAUGGAAGUAGUUUUGGAUUUUGAAUUAGAGGACAUGGGUUCAAACCCUGUUUUUGCCACUUACUAUCUGUGUGAUAUUUUGCAUCACUUAGCCCCUCUGGGUAUUAGUUUCCUCGUCUAUAAAAUAAGGGGAUUGGGCGAGAUGAUAUUUAAGAUCUCUUCCAGUUCUAAAUGAAUGAUCCUAAGGGUCAAGUCUAGCAGAAUUUCACACUUCAGUGAUAAUUGUUUUAAUCAGGUUAUUUUCCUAUGUACUGAAGAAAUAGAAAUUUUGACUAAGAUAGCCAAGUUAUUUGGGAAUAUAAGGCACAAUGCAGUAAGACAGACCCUACUUUGGUAUACAAGGGGGAACCAAACAUAAAAUCUACGUGAUUUUCAAAUUUACUUGGAUCCUGCUGUUAGAAACAGAUCUUUAGAUUUUUGUGUGCAGUGCUUAUAUUGCUAGCCCUUUCCUCCUUGUAUUUUAGUUGGUUCUUCUUCCCAUUUGUACUUACCCUAUAUCUCUGCUUUUUUGAACCUUAAGAGGCCUCCGUGAUAUCCUUGAAAGAGCACUGAAUCUAGUCAUCUCUGAGGCCAUAGCUUCUCUACCUCACUGAGAAUCCAUUUUCUCAUUGGAAAAAUAGGAAUAAUAAUACCUGGUUCAAUUUAAAGAUGUAAUGAGAAUGUAUUUGCAAAGUACUUUACAACCUUGAGGCUCUCUACGUAUAAGAUAGUAUUUUAUUGUCUUUUUUUUGUCCAAAUCUCCAGUUUGGCAAGAUCUAGUACAACUCUCCCUGGAGCAUGAGUCCUCUUGGCAGCUAAUGAUCAAUCAUUCCCUUCUUGAACCACCUUUGAGGCAGGUAACUCAUUAUCAGAGGAAGCCCUUUCUAUUUCUGAGUAGCUCUAAUUGUGAAAAAGUUCGGUGGGUUGGUUUUUAUUUGUUUUUUUGUUUGUUUGUUUACUCUGUGCUGAAUUUUGACUUUCAGCAACUUUGGAAUUUUCUUCUGAUCUUCCAAGGAAACAGUUCUAUCCCAUGUCUCACAUUUUUUUGUCAUCUACAAACUUUAUCAAUCCACUCAUUCUUUUACCCAUUGACAACUUCUGCAGAAAGUUACUUAUUUUUAAUUGACUGAUCCCAACAUAUUAUUAUCCAUUAUUUGAGUCUCGGCCUAAUUGUGCAACCCCUGAAGAGUUGUGUGAUCUGGGUCAUAUUUAUAAGAUGUUUCUGUUAAAAUACAGUCUCAGCUGAACUUGAAAAUUGAUUACAAAGUGUUAUUUUAUUCACAUGAAUACCUGGUCCAUAAAAUUAAAUCCUGCUUCAUAGACUAUGAGACUAUGACUAAAUAGUCAUUUCAUAUGAGGAUAUUGCUUAAAAUGGAGAAGAGAGACUUAAGGGUGGUGGAGUAUAAUAGCCAUCUUCACUUAUUUCAAGGUGUGGCACAUGGAGGAGGGUUUAGACUCAUUCAGCAUGCACCAGAAAACAGAAGUAAUUGUCCCAAUAGAUAGAAGUUGCAAAAAGGCAAAACUUAUUAACAAUUAGAACUGCCCAAAGAUGGAACAGGAUGCCCUAGGAAGUACUGUGCUCCACUAGAUGGCUUUAAGCACAAGCUGGAUGCCCACUUAGACUAUGUUGGAGGGAGAAUUCUUGUUCAGGUUUGGAGUGGACUAGGUAUGACCUCUGAGGAACCUUUCAACCAAGAGUCUGUGAUAUAAAAUUUAGGUUAAAAAGGAAUAAAGACUGGACUUGUGAUUUCAUUGAUAUGGGGAACUUCUCGGUGAGAAAAUAACCCUUACCAAUAAAAUCCACUACUUCUUGGCCAUUUAUAGUCUCAAGAGAGUUGCCUAGAGCACUGAGAGGUUAAGUGAAUCGUCCAGGGUUAUAUGCCACAGGCAGAACUUGAACCCAGGUCUUGCUGGUUUUAAUGCCAGCUCUCUGUAAAUUAUGCCACACUGCCUCUUUGGCUAAGUAACAAAGCAAUAUUCCAAAUCAUGAUAUGCCUAUUAUCUAGAGGAGUGGGUAUAUAAGGUGGGGAGGGUUUAAUGUAACUGGUGUGUUUCCUAACUAGUUGGUCUAAUCAGGAUGGAAACAGAUUAAGAGUAUUAUUAACCUUGCUGAGGGGGAUAGGCUGGAAAAACCAUGUGGACUGAAGAAACUUGGUCUGACUCAGUGUGCAUCUGUAACAUAGCUCAAGUCUUUCACUUUUGUUCUAAUGAGCUGAGAGUUGAAUGAUCAUCUUCCUUUUCCCAUGUCGUCACUAGAAAGUUCUUAAUCUAAGCAUUUCUAGGGACAAGACCAUGGGUAACUGUGGAAGCUGAUGUUUGCACCAUUAAAAUUUUGUUUUUGUUCA